UGUUUCCGUUGCCGGUUUGCCCGCUAGCAACUAUGCCCGGGAGCCGGGGUGGGAAGUCCCGAGAAGCCGCCAACCCCGCUGUAGGCGGGGGGACGGAGCUGGUGACAGAACGGGUCCUCCGGGAAGCCCACUCGCUUUAUGUGCACCCGGGGCAUGGUUUGGUGUCAAUAGGGGAGCGCCUGGGCCUGACCCUGCUUCCCCCUCGCCGUAGAGUGACUGUCAUGGUGAUGGGCAACCACAGUGCUGGGAAGAGCAGCUUUAUCAACUGGUAUGUGGAGGAACACAUCCAACGUACUGGGGUUGCUAUUGAGACCCAGGGCUUCACCUUCAUCACCAGCGGAAAGAAGCGAGAAUCUCUCACGGGUAAUGCUACACUCCAUCUAUACCCUCAUUUUCAGGUCUUGCAGAACUUCAAAGGAGUGCCAGAGUACCUGAGCACUGAGAUUUGUACCUCCAAGCAGAAACAGUUUCCCCUGAUCACUUUUCUUGACACCCCAGGCUUAGUUGAUGGUGACAUGAAAUACCCUUUUGAUGUGGAAGGAGCACUGAUCUGGUUUGGCCAACUCUGUGAUCUCAUCCUGGUCUUCUUUGAUCCCAUGGGGCAGGCUCUUUGCAAACGCACCUUAAACAUAGUGGAGAAGAUCAAUGAAGAGCAUGGGGACAAGUUGCACUUCUAUCUGAGCAAGGCUGAUGAGGCAGGCACUGAAGGUGACAGACAGAGGGUGCUGAUGCAAAUUGUGCAAGAACUUUGCAAACGUCCUGGCCUCAAUAAAUGUGGGUUUGACAUGCCUACAAUUUACAUUCCCAACUCCAAUAAGCCGAGUCGGUGCAUUAAUCAGAUCGAGGAGAUCUGCCGCACAAUUGAGAAGACUAUCAGCCAGACUGUGCAGCAUACACUCAAUGCCCUGGAAAGGGAUUGCCGGCACAUUGAAGAGGCCACACAGCGUUUGCUAGAGGAUGACAACGAGGCCAGAAGCAGCAACUUCCGUGCUUGUUUCCGGGGGAUACUUCUGGGCAUAGCUGGUUGCCUGUUGCCCAUUUUUCUCUUUCUGACCUUGAUAUUUGGCACAACAUUUGCUCGCCAACUGUGGAUCUUAGUCUUAGGAGAGAAGCAAAGCCAGACCCUGGAACUAUAUGUACAGCCAGUUGCAUCAGUCUGGAGGCUUGUCCCUGAAGAUCAAACCUUAACAGUAUUUUUUGGCCUUCUCUGCCUCUCGAUUCUCCUCCUGCUCUUGGCCAGUUACACUCUCAGAAUGAAGCCCACUCUCUCCAAAAAGCAGAAGCGGCAGCUGGAAGAUCAACGGGAUUAUGUGUUGGAUGUAGUCUUGGCUAUGAAGAGAAAGCUCUACGAGGAAUACCUUCGACAAAGCAUUGGUGAGCAGGACUUGAGCUGAAACCAGCAUAUUCUGAAGAGAUUCCGUGCCCCUCUUCCCCCCCAAUACUGAGAGAAGAGCAUUUGCAACUGCAAGCCUUCUAAGUCCAGCUGAUGCCUUCCAAUCCAGUUGCCAGCUCUUUCACAUAGGGCAGCACCAAUUGGAUAGGGAUGGCAUCCUGUGCCCUUUUGGACUGUGGCUAACCAUACCUCUGAUGUCCUACAUCUGAAAGGAUUGAUUUACCAGUUAUCUUUUCUGCUAGUCUGUUUGCUCACUUUUGAUAGAAUGAUGUUCUCUGACCUCAUGAGAAGACUGUAGCGACAAAGCCCAACUCUGCAUCCAGUUGAACUAGGCUCCUGGUUUCAGGGACUGUAGAGCCCUGCCCCAUGUUGAAAUAGGCAGACCCAUCACUUUAAACCAGUGAUGUGCUUUGUUGGCUGCUAUCAUAACGGGCAAGGGUAUUUGCAGCAAGAUGUAGUGCUGGUCAUCAUAUCCUUGACUGGGACUCUAUUCCUUUGGUAAGGCACCAUUUCUGGAUUAUUGCCUUGGUCACUCAGUGGUCUGAAGUGACUAGUUGACAUAAGUUGAUUAUGCUAAACAUAGCAUAAUUUCAUCUGUUGUUUGUAGAAUACCUCAUACUUCCAAAUGUACUGGCAUGCUAUGGGCAUGCAGAUGACUGUAUUGUCUUCCAUUUCACAUGAGCAAGUGCCUUUAUGUGACCAUCUCUUGGGAGGGAAAGAUGGGACACGGUGCCUGGUAAGAGUCUCUCUAUUGUUUGGUCUGUAGCCCAAUCAAUGCCAGUACCUAACACUGUGAAAUUUCCCCAGACCUGUGAUCUGCUAGGCUUUAUAGAUUACUCGGCAUCCCCCAGAGCAUGCUGGGAACCCCACGCCACUUUUUCCUCCAAUGCCAGGAAGUGUUAUGCUGGAAAGAGGCCACCAUUUUGGCCAAUUCAGCUCACUUGAUCUCACUGCAUUGCAUUCAUUAAUUCUGGGAUACCACCGUUAUCAUGGCUGUAUCUAGAAACGACACUUUGCUGAUUGUUCUGAGAUGCUGUGUACCAAGACCUUCAAAAGUUGGGCUUCAACUCCCAUCAGCCUUAAGUGAAAUAGCAUAGCUAAUCAUGUUAUGAAGGAGACCUUACUGCACAGUUCUUGUAACAGGGCCUUUAUAGUAACAGCA